CCCAACUACAUUACAUAUUACGAGUAUCGCUCACAACACCUACAGGCGCUCGAUCGCAUAUGUUAAGCUGAUGGUCUGGCAUAUCCUUCGGCUGCCAAAAUGGAGCCACUUGCAAAGCGACGACGAUUAUCUCCCCCACUAGAUGCCGCUUUCACGCAGAGCUUCGACGACGAGCACGCAUAUUACGAAACGCCUGCUAGCGAGCUCGACGAGGAGGACGAGGAUGCGGGUGGGCCAGUUUACGGUCCGGACGAGGACUUUCUACAGAAGAGAGCGCUACUCGAUCACAAACUGAAGUCUACUUUCGAAUCCAUAUUCGAAAAGUACUCUAAGGACUUCGAAGGUAUUGGGGACGAGAUUGACUUGUAUACCGGCGAGAUACUUGUUAGCAAUGGUCAUCUGCUCCAAAUGGAGAAUGAACGGGAUCCAGGGGAUAUUCGUCGCGCUCGGAGCAUCCCAACGUCAGCCACGGAGGAAGAUGAAGAGGCCAUGACCAGUUCUGCGGAAGACGAUGACGAUGAGGAGGAAGAAGGAGAGGAAGAGGAAGAGGAAGGGGAAGAAGAGGAAGAAGAAGACGAUGAUGAAGAUGAAGAUGUUUUUAGCGAUGAGGACAUGAUCGAGGAUGACAUGAUUCUCCGUGGAUUUGCCCAGGCCAGUCAGUUUAUACACAGGAAGCCGCCGCCGGAGCAAGGACCUUUCGAAACUGGCUUCAUGGGCCGGAGCGAAGGACCGAGGCGAAAGGUAGUUACCCCUCCAAAUAUGCAGAGGGGCAGGUUGCCCUCGCGCUCUGAGAUCUUAUCGCAAUUUGGGCCUCAACUUGGUCAAGAGAUUGCGAAGUAUGUUUCACAGCAAAGUGUUCUCGGGGUGGAUGCCAAUGUUGAACCAGCUUGGCAAGUGCCUCCAAUUGCAUCUGUAAAACCUGCUACACGACCUAUAAUCAGGUCAGUUGUUCAACCCGAUGUGGAACGAUCCCCGUCUCCGGAUAAUUCAAGAUCGAUCUGGGCACCAGCAGGGUCGAGAUCCAAACGUGCAAGAUUCACAGCCGAAGAGGAUCAAGUGUUACUAGACUUUGUUGCAAAUGCGCGGAGGCAGGGCCUUGAUUUAUCGAGACAUCUGACUUGGAGACAAUUGGAAGCAAUGUAUCCACGGCACAACUGGAAGGCUUGGAAAAGACGACAUAAAAACAAAUUCACCUAUCUUUCCAGUGCCCAGGUUGAUGAGUCAGAGGUAUCAACCUCUGAAGUAUCAACAAGCGCUCGUUGGAUACCCCCACAGCGCAACGCUGGUCGAGAUUCGAGGCGAGAUUUCGUAGAUUCUACCUCUAUUCAACCAUCCCGACCUGUAGCGACCGAAAGGCCAAUUAGAACUCGAAAACCGGCCCAACGUGAUUCUACCAUUCUUAGCUGGUCCGAGGCAGUUGCUACUAUUGAGUCUGUCGACCCGGAUCUGCACGCUGGGUUAAUGGAAGAUGCCAGGAGAAUCAAAUCAGAUGCCUCUUUCGGUUUAAAGCAUCCAGUGUCUUCCUCACAAAUACUUGGCCGGAAUACUUUGCAGCAGACAAAUUCCCAUCCUGGUAUAAAAGAAUCUGCUAGGCAAACUGGACGCUCUAACGCCUCAAAUGAAUUUAUGGAGGACGAGCUGGCUCCGUACAACCCAGGAUUUCAAAGGGAAGCCAGGGAAGCCAAGAGAGCUAAGAGAGCUAAGAGAGCUGCAUGUCCGCACUCCGACUGCAGAGAUUUCCCAUCCACGCUAUACAGACUAGGACGUUAUGAUGGCGAAGAGUUAUCGCCGCUGUGCUUGCACCUUUUACGUGUGCAUCACACAACCCCUUUUCCGUGUGCUGAAUUCAACUGCGACCGCAAGGGCGAACAAGGAUACUUUUUGCCGGAAGACCUGGUAAGGCAUGUCAGACAGGCCCAUCCGUACGCCACGGCUUUGGACAGACUUCGAGGUCGCGUAGCCUCUAGUUUCUUGGACAGGGAGUUCGAUUUCACGCAUUAUCUUCUAUCAACUGAAGCUUCUCGGCCCUAUCCUACUAGCAUCCAUUCCCGAGGUAGAGAUCUUAUAUCCCCUGAGAGACAUGUUGGCCGUUAUGUCCGAUCAAGUACUCGGCCUUCCUCAUCAAACUCUGCCCAAGACAUUACUUCAACCCCACGAGGCCCAGCGGCCUCAAAACAAGCAGCAGCCUCGACAAGUGCUUCGUCGCUUCAUGUAAACCCAUCAUUGGUUACAACCAAGGACAUGCAGCCGAGGGAACCCUCUGAAGAGAGGCUGUACGACUCGGACGUCCAAAUAUUAGAUGGUGACCCAUUUUUGUCAGAUCGCAAUCCUUUGUUAGAAGAGACGAAAUACUCAUGUCCGCUCAAGAAUUCAAUUGGUUGUAACGAGAUGUUUACAACACGCUCGUUGGCUUCGGCUCAUGGACGCAUCCACACCAGUGAGAAAGCUCAGUCCACAUCCACCGGGUCCCAAGAAAAUACCAGUACAGCUCAAGAAUCUAUGGAGGAGCAAUCCAAUGUUCAUGAGAGAAGUGCCCCAGGAAAACCUCCAGGCGAACACAUAGCAGCUUUCGAACCAAAACACUCGCUACCUAGUAGCAUACCUAAUUCAUCAAGUUCUUCCGGUGACUGGACUUCAUAUAACACGUCUGCCUUGACGCCCAAGCAUGGUCGUCAUGGUGCCACGAGGAAACGGAUCAGUGAUCCUCUACCUCGGAACACCAUCGAUCCAUCUUAUGAGUUCUCAGAUGAAGAACUUGGCUUGACAUCGUUUGUCAAGGAAGGACCACAGACAUCAAAAGUUAUCCCAAGGGGUCCCCCUCGACCGGUCAGCAAUCCAAUGCUGCCUCUAGGAUCUUUGACAAACAGUCCACCUCGUCCGAUCAGGAGGCCGCCAUUUGUUACGCCGGCGAAUAAAGCCAAGUCUCGAAAAUCAGUCAUUCCCAAUUUUGAGGAUUCUGAAGAUUUUGAUGAGCUCAGUCUGGGUACGGAUGGUUUCUUGUUAAUGUCGUCUCGGCCAAGAUCCGGAUUUCGAUCCAAGCCCGAAGCUCAAACCCCCCUGAAACGAGAGGGGACGGAAGUACCAGGUGUAUCUGCACAGUCCUCACGAAAAAGAAAAUUCAGCACGCUUGAAGGGGGGAAUGAAAUUGAUGAACUAGGAACAGGGAUUUCCACAUCCAGUCCAGCACAGCCGACACAAAUUCCCAUCCGGGAACCCCAGAUCAAGACAGAAGCUGAUGAGGUACUUGGCACAAAUAGUUCUUCGACAAGAUCGCAAAAAGCAAACACCAAAAAUCAUAACAAAAGAAGAUCUCAGCCAAAAUCCUUCCAGCCUCCCCCAACACCAGUCCGGAGUGAGAGACAGUCAUCGGGAAAGAACACUCCUCUGAUCAAUCUCGUUGGAAAUAGGGGGUCAAGUGACACUGGGGCUGCGAAAUCUGGAGUAGAUGUGUCAAUUCCAUCGACCUCGGACCUAGGGUCAUCACCGACUGCACGCCAGACCCAGACCAGAGAUAGAGGGGUUGUAGAGACGAGUUCUCUCGCUGGACUGCUAACUCCAGUCCGCAGAAAAAGCCAAUCGAAAACAUCAAUCAAGCAAGAGGAAGAAGACGGAGUCGUCAAGACACCUGGAGGAACAUUGCGCAGGUGUGGAGAAGACGGGUUUGCUUGUGGCAGAUCAUUCUGUUUCACAUGCUCCACAUCCUAACCUGGUCGUGAUAGUAGCUAUAUAUAUGUAUGUAUGCUCUGCUAUACUAUAUCGAUUAGAUAGAUCCUCGGUUGUCUAGAUACACCCUUCAAGGCGGGUCACUUCAUUGAUCAAGACCUGAGAAUGUGACCGGUAGGCCUCAAUUUCAUUAUCGGUGUGAUUUUUGAUGUCUUGUGAUACACCGCUUUUCGUACGAAUAUACGUCGUACAGCCGGAAAUGACAGCUUCUCCCCGGUAUCUCAGCGUCCUCUUUCAAAGCAUGCCCGAUGCUUUUGCCGGUGCGUGAAGGAGCUUGGAGUUGUA